AUGCAUGCCCACGGCAGUGAACUACAAAACCUGCGGGACCAACUACGCUCCCUUGAAGACACCAACGAGGAUCUCAAUAAUAGAACGCGGAGGAAUAAUGUCAGAGUGAGGGGCAUACCGGAAUCCAUAUUGACAGAUCUCCUCACUGAUACCCUCACUGAAGUGUUUAAAAACCUCCUGCCAGAGGCUACAGCCGCCGACCUUUUGAUGGACCGGGCACACAGAGCAUUGAGAGCCCCAAGCACCAACACAGCCACCCCCAGGCUCCACUUUUAUCAUAUAAAAGAGCGCUUAAUGAGAGCUGCCCGGGACACCCCCAUUGAAGUGGAAGGAGUGCCAGUCCAGCUGUUCCAGGACCUGGCACCCACCACCCUGAAAUGA